GUUUUGCUUAUUGUGGAAGAUAUUUUUUGCAAUAUUUACUUGAUAAGCUGAGUCUAACAGAUUUAUUCCUUUCUUUACAGAACGAGAGAAGUACCAAAUUGGAGUCGACAGAGUCCAUACGAACCCUAUAGGCCGGAUUUUUGCGGACGCAGUACUACCGUACUGUUCGACUCGGAACUGUUAAAUUGACGACGAGUUCAAAAAUGGCAACUACUUCUGGAGUAUCAGCUGAGGAUGAGGCGUACGAUUAUACAGAGGCAUUUCCUGCACUACCAAUGAUAGAAAAGGCCAACACUACACCAGUGUCCGGUCAGUGGAGUAACAAAUUUACUGUGAAAACUUCAAAAUGCACGCAGGUGUUCACUGUGCCAUUGGAAGAGCGACGUUUCAAGGAUGAUUUUGGUGAAAGCAGCUUUGGCGAUGAAGGAAAACAGGCAGAAAUAUGUAAAGACAUUAUGGCUAAAACUGGUGUUACGAUUGAGAUGAGCUUGUCAAAGGAUCAAACACUGACUGUUGUCGUAACUGGUAAAGAGGAACAAGUGAAGAAAGCAAGACGUGAGGUGAUGACUAAGCUUCAGACACAGGCAAGCGGCUCUAUCCGUAUCCCUAGAGAACACCACCGAUUUAUCCUUGGAGCAAAGGGGAAAAAGCUGCAGGACUUGGAACUAACGACCGCAACUAAAAUAACAAUACCACGAACUGACGAACCCUCUGAUGCGAUCAAAAUUUACGGAACCAAGGAAGGAAUUGACAAGGCCAUGCACGAGAUACAGAUCAUUUCUGAUAUACAGUCAAAGCUUGCAUAUGAGAGAUUGCCAGUGCAGAAAGUGUAUCAUCCUUUUGUGUGUGGACCAAGCAAUUCUACAGUACGUCAACUGAUGGAUGAGACAGGCGCCAAGAUUAACGUACCCCCACCCAGUGUGUUAUCUGACGAGAUUGUUGUGUCUGGUGAGAAGGAAGGUGUGAUGAAAUGUAAGGCAACCAUCAUGGCAAUCUAUGAAGAAAAGAAGCGCAAGUGUCAGACCGUGUCAGUUGAGGUUAGGAAAUCGCAACACAAGUAUGUUAUUGGACCACGUGGAAACAGCUUGCAGGAAAUACUCGCUGCCACAGGAGUGUCUGUAGAAGUCCCUCCCCUUGAUGACCCCUCUGAGACGAUCACAUUACGCGGAGAACAGGACAAGCUUGGCCCCGCACUUACAAUGGUCUACUCUAAGGCCAACAGUGUGGUGUUUGCUGUUGUACAUGCUGCUGACUGGCUGCACAAAUAUAUCAUCGGUAAGAAAGGUGCAACUGUCAAGAACAUCACAUCAAACUUCCCAAAGGUUCAUAUAGAGUUCACUGAGGGAGAAGACAAGAUCCAGGUGGAGGGACCUCCAGAAGAAGUUGACCAGGCAGUGAAGGCUCUUGAAGAUUUUGUCAAGGACCUUCAAAGCCGUAUGGACUUUGCGGAAAUUGAGAUUGACCAACGAUUUCACAAACACAUUAUCGGGAAGGGGGGUUCAAAUAUCUCAAAGAUCAAAGAUGAGACGGGCGUGGCGAUCAGGAUACCAUCUGACUCGGAAAACAGCAACACCAUCAGGAUUGAGGGAGAACCACAGGGUGUGAAAAAAGCAAAGAAAGAACUCCUUGAAAUGGCUUCCAGAAUGGAGAAUGAGAAGACCAGAGAUAUAAUUAUAGAGCAGCGAUUCCAUCGUAUGUUGAUUGGGGCAAGAGGGGAAGGUAUCAAGACAGUCAGGGACAAAUUUAACCAAGUGCAAAUCACAUUCCCAGACCAGGGGCGGAAAAGUGAUGUUGUCACGUUACGCGGACCAAAGAAUGAUGUCGAUAAAUGUUACCAGCAUUUACAGAAACAAACUCAAGAUUUAAUUGCUAGCAAUUAUCAAGCUCAGGUGCACAUUUUCAAAGACUUUCACAAAAACGUUAUUGGAAAAGGUGGUGCUACAAUUAGGAAGAUACGUGAGGAGACGGAUACUAGAAUAGAUCUACCAACAGAGGCAUCUGACUCUGAUGUUAUUGUCAUAACUGGCAAAAAACCUAAUGUUGAGGCAGCUAAAAAGAAAAUUGAAGCCAUCCAAAAAGAACUGGCAGAUAUAAAGGAACUAUCUGUUGAAGUCCCCCACAAGCUUCACAACUCUAUUAUUGGUGCUAAAGGUCGUCUCAUUCGUUCUAUCAUGGACGAGUGUGGUGGCGUAAUUAUCCGGUUCCCAGCAGAGGGCAGUACAAGUGACAAGGUGACAAUACGGGGACCAGUGGACGAUGUUGAUAAGGCAAAGAAACAGCUUCUGGAAUUAGCCAGUCAGAUUCAAAACACAAGCAACGUUGAGGAGAUCAGAGCUAAACCAGAAUAUCACAAGUUUCUCAUUGGUAGAGGUGGCAGUAAGAUAAGAAAGGUUCGGGAAAAUACUGGAGCAAGAAUUAUCUUUCCAUCUGGAGAUGAUGCAGACCAAGAAUUGAUCACCAUUAUAGGAACAAAAGAGAGUGUGGCUGAGGCCAAGACAGAGAUUCUGGGACUUAUCAAAGAUCUGGACAACAUUGUUGAAGGUGAAGUAAAUGUGGAUCCCAAAUACCACAAACACUUUGUAGCUCGACGUGGUGAGGUGUUAAGGCAAAUAGGAGAUGACUUUGGUGGGGUGACCGUCAGUUCCUCCCCAAUAAGAGGUGAAUGUACCUUUGAUUCACGAUACAUUAUCGGUCAGAAAGGCAGAGACGUUCGCAAGCUGAUGGACGAAUACAACGUGAAUAUUUCCAUUCCCCCACAGGACCAACAGAGUGAUCUAAUCAAGGAGGAUAUGGUACACAUUGAAGUGAAAGUAGACCACCGUAUCCAUCCCCGUAUCAUUGGGCAGAAGGGCCGUGGCGUGAGGAAGAUCCAGGAAGACUUCAAGGUGGACCUGCGUUUCCCUCGCGGUAACGACAACCCAGAUAUUAUUGUCAUCAGUGGAGCAGAGGAUGAUGUCUACGAUUGCAAGGAUCAUUUGUUAAACAUUGAAGAAGAAUUUCUUCAGGAUGUGUUGGACAAUGAGUACAUUCAGAGUCUUACUCAGGCUCCUAGUAGAAAGUCGGAGGAACCAAGGGUCAAUGAUAGAGGCUUCGCUGUCAAGAACGCGCCCUGGGACUCGGCUCCAGACACCAGCAGUACUGCCGAGUUUCCAAGUUUCCCGGGAGCCAGCGGUGGUAAUGCUGUGGCCCCUAACAGCAACAAGGCUUGGGGACCAAGUCGCAGAUACUGAUUGUUAAAAUAAAAUGUCAACAUUUUGAUGGAAAAAAAGUGACUGAACUCUUCUUGACUUUCAUCAUCUAUUCUAAUCUUAUUCAUAUUUUCACACGGUGAAGGCUAUAUUCAUAUGGAAUAAUUCCCUUAAUGAAAUUAUGGUCCCAGCAGUAUUUUGCUUUUGUAAACCAUUAAGACUUUGUAAAUUAUUAAGAACAGUUUUGUCAGUUAAGUCUCAAAGUACAGGAAGUAACAUAUUGGGCAUGUUUGUGUUCGAGUAUUUUCAGCAUAGUAUGAAACAAUUUUAGAAAUUUGCAUUCUGAAGUUGUUCAACAGUAAAAUAAUUAAGAUUCCUUCUUAAACAGUCUUGAUUUUGAAUGAAAAAAAAAAUUAAUACAGAAUGAUUAUAGAAAUAUUUCAGUGGUAAACGAUUGUAUAAGACAAGUAUCCUAUGACAAUGCAAUUAGCUGUACAGAUAUGUCUGGUGGUAUGGUCAUGAUUAAAUCAUCGUUGAUUUGGUUUAUUCGUGUAACUUUAUCACUUCUUUUGACCGUGGUCAUUUGACGAAUUUUACAGAACGUCAUUGUGAUAAUAUAAUUUUUGCACUUUUUGCUCGCAGAUCUUUUAUGUUGCAUAUGUAUAUAUAUAUAUAUUACAAAGUGGAAAGAUUAUAUAUAUAUAUAUUUUUAAUUCUUGUUGUGUAAUUUUUUCUGAAAGAGGUAUAGAAGUUGAAAGUGCUUAUAUAUUGGAAGUAAAUCUUGUUAAGCAUUUUGAAACAUCGUCCUCCAUUUUUACCCGAUGAAUCGUUUGUUUUCAUGUUUAAAAAUUUUGUAAGAAAGCCUAGAAUUUUUUGUUUGAAUAUGCAUUUUAUAAUCAUUUUCUGUGAUUGAUAUUUUCUUAAAUGAGAUGCACCUCCCCAAUCAUUUUACUGAGUUUGAGAUCUUGUGUUCUUUUCAGGUAUUGAAUCUUUUGUCUUCCAUAUUUUGUGUUUGUCUAUUGUUUAUUUCAACAUGCAAACGUUUCUCUGUCAUAUAACAGCAGCGACUCAAUUUCUGUAGCUCUUGCUAUUGCAUGCAAGCACUUUAUCAGAUUUUUGAUGGUUGAAACUUUAAUGAUGUGCAAUUAAGACUUCAAUAUUAGGGUUGGAAACUUUGAGCUUUCAUAAAGGCAUAUAAUCCUUCAAGGUGAUACUAAAUAGGUAAAAUAUAAUACCCAAGAUUUUAAGAGUUUAGUUGGAGGUACGCAAUAUACUUCGGUUAGCAUUAUGCAUGGGUAUUUACGGUAGUGCUGAUCUUGUAGAGAGAGAAAUUCCUCCAAUGUUAAGAGGUUGAAAAUAAUUUUUUCAUUUAGUUACAGUCUAUAAAUUUCAUUCUUUUUAUCAACAGGUAAUUUACUUGUUAAAUUUUGUUAAUGUUUCUUUAAAUGUUUUUUUUUUUGUUUGUGUGUGUUUUAUUUUUAUGUUUGAGCAUUUUAAAUACAAUGGUAGAAAAAAAAUGAUUAUAUUAAUAUAUUAUGUAUAGAAAAAUAAGUUGAAAACUGAAAUAGAACUUGAGGCCUCUUGCUGUUGGUUUAUGUUAAAAGAUAUAUUGUUGUUUUGACAGUUGUUAGUGCCCAUUUUAUGCAAAAUAAACAGUUAUCAAAUUGAGAAAUAUGUGAUUCAGUAAAGAAGGAUAUGUUGAUGUCUUUGUUAGUGACUCUUUUUAUUUUUUAUGUAUAAAUUGUACAUGUACAGAGAUAAUUCACUGCUGAAGCUUUGAAUAGCCCCCUUGCCCUGAAAUGACUUUCUUCCAGCUUGCGGACAAAAAAAAGUAGCGAAUAUAUCCAUCAUUUUAAUAACUUGAAACCCCCAUAAACUGUAAGAAGGUCAAUUCAGGAAUUACUGUGUAACCCACUUUUUACAAAAAAAGGAAACUGAAGGCUAUUAUAUUCGUUAGAAUACGUUGUAUGUUAAUGUAUGAUUGUCACAAAUGUUAUUAAGUUUUUUUUUAAAGAGUUCAACAUUUUUCUGUAAUGCAUGUAAAACUUUGUAAAAAAAAAAUUUCAUGGAUGUUUGAAUAUUUCUAUGCGUAACUGCUAAGACGUCAUGUUUGUGUAACCACCAUCACCGUACAUACAAUGUUGAAUUUCAUUUGUGGACAUUUUUUUUUUGUCUUGUGGGUUUGGAUGCUUUUGGGAACUGGGUAUGCUCACCUUCUGUAUUUUGAUGAGAUUGAAUCGGUGUCUAAAAUAAUUCCGUUUAUUACCUAGUCAUAUCAGCAUGUACACCAAGUAUAACCAGAUGCACCUUUUUGUGAACCUGGGAGUAAUUCUUCAGUUUAGGAAUAGGUGUUGUGAAAUAAAUGAGAAAUAUGUAAAAAAAAAAAAAAAAUGAGAAAAAAGGUUUUAGCAUUUAUAUUGCCCCAAAGUCAUUUCUUUGACCUUUGUAUUAAUGACUAUUUUUAAUAUAAUAAAAAGAUGGGGUAUUUUUUUUAAGGGGAAAUUUGACUAUAGCACCUUUUAAAUACCAAAUAAUUUCUUAAUAUGUAAAAUUACUCCUGGUUCUAAUUUGUUUUGAUCAUGUUGAAACUAAUACAUUUGUUGUUAUGUUUAAUAUAAUUGUGCAUUUUAUGUGCAUUUUAUGUGCAUUUUAGAUAAAAAUGCAAUUCUGUAUUUCUACCCCAUUGUAAAGUUGAAUUUAAACAAAGGUUGUAAUUAUGGUGUUAUUUACAGAUUGAUGGGAGCAUUGAUUGAUUCUUGUUCCUGUAUUAUAAUUGGAGUUGUAAGAGUAGUAACGCAAAAUGUCCAUGAUUCUAUGUAGAGAUUUAUUUCUUGAUUAGUGUAUAGUGAUCAAAAGAACUAUGUAAAGAAAUUUUGUCUCGCAAUCACUACACCUUGUUUGAUAGAUAUUUAGAAUUCUGCAAACUGUGUUCAACAGAAUAUUUUGACAAAGUUUUGGCUGGUUCCAGUCUGGGUCUAGGAUUUAAGAAUGAAACUUGGAACCAGAGUGGACUGGAUCUAUGGCAUAAGAAAGUAUCUAAGAAAAAGCCUAGACUAGAUCUGCAAAAGUUGAGAAUACAACCUGGAACCAGCUGUGUUUUGUCGAGCUUUAUGUAAUAAUGUAAAUACUUGUACAAUGUUUAAGAGAAAUUGUAUUUUUCUUUAUCGAUUUAUCUCUAUGAAAUUGUACAUUAACAAUAUGUACGGGAUGAAUUUAAAGUCUAAAUAAAGGAAAUUUUAAAUAA